CCAUUUUUUUGCUCUCCCCUCUUGUUUCUAUGUUAUUUCUUCAAUUCUAUAGCCACUAGUUUAUUCAUUAUUCUAGUCCCUAUAACCUGCUCUUGUCGUCAUCGUCGUUGUCCUCUGUGUAUGUGUAUGUGUAAUGUGUGCGACCAUUCAUGAUAUUUUAUGAACUACUGUAGCCCGUAACUCGUUCAUAUACAUGAUUAUUCGAAUUUGGAUUUGGUUACAUAGUACAAUAUCUUCUUUUUCUUUGUUGAUAUUGUCUGUAUCAAGUUGUCAUUCCUCCUUUCUUACCAUUUGCCGCGUUACUGUGUACCUACGUAUGCCAUUUGCUCCGGUGACCAUGCAGUGUGCACCUGUAAUGAGGAAUAUUCUGUCUCUCCUUACAUUCUUUAUCAUGUCUUUCGUCUUUGAUCCUCUUUUUUCGUUUUUAUUCUAUUGCCCGCCAGAUUCACAUUUUAUAUUAAUGCUGCGGUGUAUGACUGCACUUUUCGCAAAUUUAAAGAUGGUAGAUUCAUAUACUACUAGGCCACUACAAAUUCUUUCCUGGGUUUGGGAGGAUCUCCUGCGAGAAAGUUUCAUCACUUGUGAACGUUCUCUCACUCCUCGAUAGGUCAUGGUGUUGGGCCAGCACCGGAACCGUUCUUGGACCAGUGUACAACCCAUAUCGAGCUUUGAACUUUCACGCAUACUUUACCCCCGGUCGUGUUCUUAAAGGUGUCAUUUGUUGAUUGGACGUUCAGUUUAUUCGUAUUUUCGCCACUCAGGAGUUCAGCUUUUCAGUGACGUUCG